GGAAGUUUGUGCAAAGUUCUUUCGAGCUCUGAUGUUUAGUCAUAACAUUGUGCAGCAGGAUCCAUUUCAGGAUGAUUUUUUAUCGUCUUCUGUUGCUCUGCAUCUUCUCAGUACUGCAGGAGAAAAGCGUCAGCCUCGUCAUCUUCCAAACAAGAGAGGGACAGAAUGCUACAAUCAUGUGGCGGUUUUCCACCAGUGGCAAAAAGUACUUCUGCAGGGAUGAAUGCAGGGGCACCACCGCUCUCGUUGAAACCGACAACGUCAGCGCUAAGAGGGGCAGGCACAGCAUCAAGUUCGAAGAAGGAAACCUCUAUGCCUUUAUUGUCAAUCUGAAUGUGGCCGACAGCGGGCACUACAGGAUUGGUGUGGGCUCGCCGCAACUAGCAAACUCCUACAGUGACUUCCAGAUUCGAGUUCUUCAAGCGCAGCCGGGCGGACGUUUGGCCGAUGGUCCAUUAGUCCACAUCCACACUGGACUGUCUGGCGGGACUGUGGUGGUGAUCUGUCCCUUCCUUGUCUCCGGAAGCGUCAAGUUCUUCUGCAAAGGGAAUUGUCUUGACGGACACAUCCUCAUCAGAACUACCGAAGACGCCGCCCUGGUGGGCAGGUACGGUGUGGACUUCAGAAAGGACGCCUUUAUGAAGGCGUUUCUUCUGGUGGUGACUAUCUCCCAGUUGGACAAGUGGGACUCGGGGAGGUACUCGUGCGGUUUGGGUCAAUCUCUGCGAUCCGCUUCCAUUCAGGAGUUUGACGUCAGCGUGACCGAUGGCCCCUCACUCAAGCCAAGCUCCGAAUUUGAACUCACAAAGUAUCCCUCCAAGGAGACACAAAAAGUUCUUGUCUGGCCUCUGAUUCUCUGCAGUGUUCUGGUUCUCCUGCUGGCUGCUGUUGUUCUGCUGCUAUUCUAUAAAUGGAAGACAAUAGCAAACUCCAGAAACCAAAGAUUUGAGUUGCACACCCGUGAGUACGCUCGAGAAGACGCAGCCUACCAGAGCAUCCGUGACGUCGGCAGAGACCUGGACCAUACCUACUGCACUCUCAAGCAAGCGCAACAUACUCAAUACGAAAACAGCGCAUGUUAAAAAGUCCUUGCCGGUUUUGUUUUUCUCCUCCAUGCUGACGAUCCACUGCUGCUUCUGCUCUUUUUAUGGCUAUUAAAAUCAGUUGGUGUUCCCUGACCGAGAGCGACAUCCAGAGAGAGCAGCUCACAUAGAAAAGACUGCAGACCUGAAGUGGUCAAAACAGAAGCUUGGCCUUGGUUUUCCAUCUGUUGUCUGUCCAUUUGCACAACAGGAGUGCAGUCAGUGACUGGACAGUUUCUACAAAGGCAGUUCUCCAGGAAGUCUGAGAUUUACUCGGCCGUGAUGAUUUUGUGUCCACAAACUGAGUUUGUAAUCAAGUAAUCGCUUGCUUUUCCCGCCAGAGGGCGGAAUUGAGCUGCUAAUUUGAACUGUGUGCUCCAAGUCCUCAACAAAUAUUAUCAAGCACAUUUUCCACAUUUAUUUUAUCAUUUGUUUGUAUUUGGGGCUAAGUGUGUUGAUCUGUACAUGCUGUCUUAUAAAUGCUGGACAUAAGUUGAUGUCUACUCAUCUUCAACUGUGGUGCAACAUAAAGGAAAUUUUCCACAGCAAACUCAUCCAAGCAUAUGUUUAUGGGCCAUGAUUUCUGCAUUGGGAAUGGGGUAGCGACCUUUCAGAUCUGGAAAUAAGGGACCUCCUCACAGCGUUGCGGCAAAACCACUCGGGCAAAAGAAAUUUGAGAGUUUGGCUCCCUAAAACCCUGAAAUGCAGAGAAUCACUUGCAUUUUUUACAUGAAAACAAUGCUUUGAUUUAAUUGACAUUUUUA